AUGGGUGGUGUCGCCGAUUCGUCAGCAGCGAUGGACGCUGCAGCGCAGAUGCGCAAAGCUGCUCUCAAGGGCUCCUCUGGCAUGGCAGGAUUGGUUCAGAAUCGGAAGGUCUUCGGAAUCGCCAUGUUUGCUUGCUUGGGAGGCCUUUUGUAUGGUUAUAACCAGGGUGUUUUCUCUGGCGUCUUGACGAUGUACUCAUUCGAAAAGCAUAUGGGCGACGCUGUUACCAAUCAGACGAAGAAGGGCUGGUUGACCGCUAUUCUUGAACUUGGUGCUUGGUUCGGUGCAUUAUACUCUGGUCUCCUAUGCGAGAGGAUCUCCCGCAAGUAUACCAUCUUAGCGAAUGUCGCUAUCUUCUGCAUUGGCGUUGUGAUUCAGACAACGGCCGCAACCAAGGGUGGGAAUUCAUCGCACAUCCUCGGUGGCCGUUUUAUCACUGGUAUGGGAGUAGGAAGUCUCUCCAUGAGUGUCCCCAUGUACAAUGCUGAGAUCGCACCACCGGAAGUCAGAGGUUCUCUGGUCGCACUGCAGCAACUUGCCAUCACCUUCGGAAUCAUGCAUAGGAUCAACUACGGCACAAAUCAUAUUGGUGGCACAGGCCCAACUCAGAAAGACGCCGCAUGGCUCCUACCACUUGCCUUACAGCUGGUGCCGGCCGUUAUUCUUGGAGCAGGCAUGAUCUUUAUGCCAUUUUCACCACGUUGGCUUAUUCACCAUGACCGAGAAGACGAAGCCAAAAAGGUCCUCACGAGUCUGCGUGGCCUGCCUGCCGAUGAUCCACUUCUGCAACUCGAGUUCCUCGAGAUCAAAGCCCAGAGUCUUUUCGAGAAGCGGACCGAGAAGGAGAAAUUUCCUCACCUGGAACGAACCAACACUUGGAGCUAUAUCAAGCUGGAGGCUGCGGGAUUUGCUAGCCUCUUCACUAGUUGGCCGAUGUUCAGGCGUGUCAUGGUAGCUACAGUCACCAUGACUUUCCAGCAAUGGACGGGAAUAAACGCAGUGCUAUAUUACGCGCCCUCGAUCUUCAAUCAGCUCGGUAUGAGCAGCAACACCACCUCGCUCCUUGCCACCGGCGUGGUCGGUAUCGUCAUGUUCAUCGCAACGAUCCCGGCUGUGAUUUGGAUCGAUAGACUCGGACGCAAGCCCGUCUUGGUCGUCGGCGCCAUCGGAAUGGCAGCCUGCCACUUCGUCAUCGCGGCUAUAUUCGGCCAGAACGAAAACCAAUGGGACACGCACAAAGCUGCUGGAUGGGCCGCCGUCUCUAUGGUCUGGCUGUUUGUCAUCCACUUCGGUUACUCAUGGGGACCAUGCGCCUGGAUCAUCAUUGCUGAGAUUUGGCCGCUCAGUGUUCGGGCAAAGGGCACCGCGCUGGGUGCUUCGGCGAACUGGAUGAACAACUUCAUCGUCGGUCAGGUCACGCCCGAUAUGCUCCAGAACAUCAGAUACGGGACGUACAUCUUCUUCGGCAUAAUCACCUUCCUUGGGGCUGGUUUCAUUGCCUUCAUGGUCCCUGAGACAAAGCAGUUGUCUCUUGAGGAAAUGGAUGUUAUCUUCGGCUCUGAAGGCACAGCUAUCUCCGACUAUGAGCGUCAGGCGGAGAUCUCCCGGGAGAUUGGUCUCGAUGAGGCUCUGGCGCGGUUGACCAAUACUGCGCCGGUGGAGGUUCAUGAUGUUGAAGCGAAACAGACUUGA